AUGAGCAAAAAAAUAUUUGUCGUCUUUGGAGCCACCGGCCAACAAGGCGGUGCACUCGUUAACUAUAUACUUGAUCAUCCGGAAUUCUCGAAAGACUUUCAUCUCCGAGUCAUUACCAGAAAUGCCAGUUCCGCUGCAGCAGAAGAACUCAGACGAAAACCGGUCGAUGUCGUGGAAGCCAACCUCGAUAAUCCGGAGACUCUGCCUGCCGCUGUUACAGAUGCAUACGCCGUCUUCUCCAUGACAAACUACUGGGAGAAAGCCAGUGCCGCCGUUGAAAUUGCGCAAGGCAAAGCUGUCGCCGAUGCUGCCCUUGCUGCUGGAGUCACCCUUUUCAUUUGGUCUUCCUUGCCAAGUUUUACCAAGAUAACCAGGGGAAAAUCAACCCAGUUACGUCAUUUCGACAGCAAAGCUGAGGUUGAGGAGUACAUUCGUGGUUUGGCGUUUCCUAGUAGCGUGUUUUUCAUGCCAGGGUGGUUUAUGCAGAAUGUGUGGAGCCCACUGGCGCCGAAGGCGAAGAAGAUAAGUAACGAAAGAGUACUCUUCCCCUAUGCCUUCACGCCCGAAACACAAGUUCCUUUGAUCGACAUUUCCGAUACUGGAAAAUUCCUUGCCCCCGUUCUUCGAGAUCCGCUGAAAUACAACGGCUGCCGACUCACUGCCGCAACUGCGUUUUAUACUGCGCAAGAACAGGCUGAUACCUGGAGUGCAGUCUCUGGAAAACAAGUCGUCUUAACUACAGUAUCCAAUAUUUCUAAGGAUGAUCUGCUGAAGCAGCCGGGCACACUUCUCGCAGAGUGGGGAUAUUAUGGGCCGACGGGCCAAAAGGAUCUUGAGUGGACGCUUGAGCAAGUUGAUGAGAAGCUGGCGACGUGGCGCGAGUUUCUCGAGGCUAAUGGACCGUGGUUUGAGGAUGAGGCUUAA